GGAGGCGUAGGGGGGGCUGCCGCCGCCGCCGCCGCCGCCGGGGCAGGAAGAUGGUGGCGAGCGCGCGGGUGCAGAAGCUGGUGCGGCGCUACAAACUGGCGAUCGCCACGGCGCUGGCCAUCCUGCUGCUGCAGGGCCUGGUGGUGUGGAGCUUCAGCGGCCUGGAGGAGGAGGAGCCCGGGGAGAAAGGGAGACAGAGGAAGCCACGGCCACCAGACCCAGGCGAGGGCUCUAAAGACAGAGAUAGUUCCGCUGGUCGACGGGGAAAUGCUGGCCGGAGACACGGGCGCUGGAAGGGCCGAGCGGAUAGCCCGGGGGUGUUGGUGGCCAAGGUGGUGAGAGCCGUGACGGGCAAGCACAGAUUUAGCCGCCGGGUCCCCCCCGUCCCACCCCGAGAGCCCCUCAGCCGCCAGAACCUGAGUACUGGGGGUGGAGGAGAGGUGCUCCCUGGGGCAGGUGUUGCUGGCGCCUUCCAGCAAGGCGACACGGGCAGCGUGGAGGGUGCUCCCCAGCCCACAGAGAAUGGCUUCACCCCCAAGUGUGAGAUCACGGGCAAGGACGCCUUGUCUGCCUUGGCCCGGGCCAGCACCAAGCAAUGUCAGCAGGAGAUCGCCAACGUGGUGUGUCUGCACCAAGCAGGGAGUCUCAUGCCCAAGGUUGUGCCCCGACACUGCCAGCUGUCUGGAAAGGUGAGCCCCAUGAUUCAGUGGGACGAGAGCAGAGUGCAGCUGCCCCCGGGCCGGCCCUCCGUGCGAAUUGCCUACAUGCUGGUGGUUCACGGCCGUGCCAUCCGGCAGCUCAAGAGGCUCCUCAAGGCUGUGUACCACGAGCGACACUUCUUCUACAUCCAUGUGGACAAGCGCUCCAACUAUCUGCACCGAGAGGUGGUGGCUCUGGCCCAGCACUACGCCAAUGUGCGGGUGACCCCCUGGCGCAUGGGCACCAUCUGGGGGGGUGCGAGUCUCCUGAAGAUGUAUCUGCGUAGCAUGCAGGACUUGCUGGAGGCACCUGGCUGGACCUGGGACUUCUUCAUUAACCUUAGUGCCACCGACUACCCUACCAGGACCAAUGAUGAGCUGGUGACAUUCCUGUCCAAAUACCAUGAUAAGAAUUUCCUGAAGUCUCAUGGCCGGGACAACUCAAGGUUUAUCAAGAAACAGGGCCUGGACCGGCUCUUUCACGAGUGUGACUCCCAUAUGUGGCGCCUGGGAGAACGGCAGAUCCCAGAGGGCAUCGUCGUGGAUGGUGGCUCGGACUGGUUUGCCCUGACACGCAGCUUCGUGGAGUACGUGGUCUACACGGACGAUCCCCUCGUGGCUCAGUUGCGUCAGUUCUAUACCUACACACUCUUACCAGCUGAGUCCUUCUUCCACACCGUGCUGGAGAACAGCCCUACCUGCAACACCCUGGUGGACAACAACCUGCGGGUCACCAACUGGAACCGUAAGCUGGGCUGCAAAUGUCAGUACAAGCACAUCGUGGACUGGUGUGGCUGCUCCCCCAAUGACUUCAAGCCUCAGGACUUCCUUCGGCUACAGCAACUCUCCAGACCUACCUUCUUUGCCCGAAAAUUUGAAUCAACUGUGAAUCAGGAAGUGCUGGAAAUCUUGGACUCUCACCUUUAUGGUAGUUACCCUCCCAACACGCCAGCCCUCAAAGCGUACUGGGAAAAUGCCCACGACAUUGCCGAUGGCCUGGGCGGGCUCAGCGACGUCAUCCUCACUGCCUACACAGCUUUUUCCCGCCUCGGCCUACGUCAUGCUGCUGCCAUGGCAUCCCCUCCAACUAACCAGCUCUGCAGGUUUGAGCCUAAAGGCUUCCCAUCCAGUGUCCACCUGUAUUUCUAUGAUGACCGUUUCCAGGGCUACUUGUUGACCCAGACAGUGCAACCUGUGGCCUCUGGGCCCGAAGAGGCGCUGGAGAUGUGGCUGAUGCCUCGGGGGGCCCUGAAGCUAACAGAACACAAUGGUCAGGCCAACCGGCUGCAGAACCUGGAGGUAGGCACAGAGUGGGACCCCAAGGAGCGUCUCUUCCGGAACUUUGGGGGAUUGUUGGGGCCUCUGGAUGAGCCAGUAGCCAUGCAGCGUUGGGCCCGUGGCCCCAACCUAACAGCCACUGUUGUUUGGAUUGAUCCCACCUUUGUGGUGGCCACCUCGUAUGACAUCACAGUCGACUCUGAAGCUGAGGUCACUCAGUAUAAGCCUCCCCUGAGCCGGCCCCUGCGACCUGGUGCCUGGACCGUCCGUCUGCUGCAGUUCUGGGAACCCCUGGGAGAGACUCGCUUCCUGGUGUUGCCCCUGACCUUCAACCGCAAACUACCUCUCAGGAAAGAUGAUGGGAGCUGGCUACACGCUGGGCCCCCCCACAAUGAGUACAUGGAGCAGAGUUUCCAGGGCCUGAGUGGAAUCUUGAACCUUCCCCGGCCAGAGCAGGCAGAAGAAGCUUCUCGGAGGCACUCUGAAUUGACGGGCCCUGCCCUGGAGGACUGGACAGAUAGCACCUUGGGCAGCUUCUGGUCAGUGGCAGGGCUGUGUGCCACAGGCCCCUCAGUCUGUCCCAACCUGGAGCUCUGCAGCCAGACCAGCUGGAGUUCCCUCUCUCCUGACCCCAAGUCAGAGCUUGGUCCUGUCAAAGCUGACGGCCGGCUGAGGUAGCGGGACCACAGUGGGAGCCCGGGGAAAAUCCCGGGGCGUUGCACCUUAGGAACUCCAUGGAGGAAGAGGUGAUCAAGGGACCAUCCUCUCCCAUGGGUGAGAAGUUGGGGUCUAGCCUCAUCGUCCCAUCCCCCCUCCAUUCGUUGGCUGGAGUGAGCAGCAAGUGGACCCUGAUGGGCUACUUAUCAGACAGUUCCAAACUGGGGACCAGAGAAGAGCAGAGAAAACUAGGGUUCCUUCAGUUACCGAGCCAGUGCUGCUCCUGUGCCCUCUUCAGUUUGUCUAAGUUCUACUUACUUUUUUAAAGAUGGCUUUGUGGAGAGGGCCUAAAGACAGGAAAAGGAGAGAGGAGCAAAGUGCAAUAAAGUCUCAGGCAGCCCCAGGGAGAUAUGGUGCCCCUAGGAUCUGCAGAACAGGGAACCAACCUGGCACUUCAAGGAGUUUCCUGAGAGAGCCUGAGUCCCCUCCCUUUUGCCCCAGAAGCCCAGGUCAGUAGAGCUGAGGGCAAAAGAUGCUGCUGGUCUUGUCCAAAAAAAACAACCCAAUCAACAAACAACCCAUCUCUAAAGAGCUCCUAGAUAACUGGGUAAUCUGUGAAACUGGGCGCCAGAGAGGAGAUACAGGAAAGGGAAAUGUUUGGGGCUCCUGGGUCUGAUGGUCUGCUCUGUCUCCUUUAUGUGAAAUGGGUGCUGUCCUGAGACACCCAUGGUGCUGACAGAUUAGGCUCUGCAAAGCAGGGAGCUCGAGGAGUCCUGGACACAGGUGGUUCCUGUGACAACAGGAGUGAACUAGAGAGAGCAAAGCAAGAACUGCCCUCUCAGGUCGUUCCUGAGAGGGAACCAGAGCAGUGGUGAGCCUGGAGCGCUGUGUAAAACCUGAAAUAUGCAACAGCAGAAAUAUAUCUCUUACAUCUCUAA